AUGGGCCAGCCAAGCCCGCAACCUGAAACUUCCACUUGCGAAAUCCUCUCUUCCAUACUGUAGAUUCUGCUCGACGACAUCUUUCGUGUCGUUUUGGUCUCUGCAAUACUCGAGGAGAUUCUUAAUGGCCAAACUGAGUGCCACUGAAUUCAUUGUAUUCCGCGUCUGAUUGUGUGGUUUUUGUUUAAGUGAGAUCGUUUGUGUUUCUGCUCCCAUUGAAAUCAUACGGUUCCGCUUUUGUUUUCUUAGCAACCAAACAGAGGGUCAAUGAACUUUGACUGUUUUCAGUGUUUGAGACUAUGAUUUGUGUUCGUAGGGAAUGUUUUAGGAGUCUUUGCUCUAGCAGAAAUUCUAUAAACCAAAUUUUCUCUAGAAACCCAUGUCAAAAUUAUUCUCCAUACUCCAAAAUUUACUCAAAUUAUACACCUUCAGCCUUGGAUUUUCCAUGUUAUUUGCAUCAGAUUAAUAACACAUCGAAUCCUAAAAAACUUUCUACUCAAAUUCAGAUAGGGUCCAAUUCAUACAAAUACACCCACCUUUCAUUCUAUUAUUCUUACUCAAGUGGAGCCUUCAGAUCCUUCAAAAAGAGAGCUCGGAAAAGGUUGAAAGCCAAUGCCAAACCUUGCCUCAAUGAAGCUCAAUUUCACCAAGCUAUAUCAGAGCUCCUUCCAAGAUUCAGUGCAGGAGAAUUAUGUGAGGUUUUGAAUCUUCAAGAAGAUCCUAUAGUGUGUCUAGAGAUAUUCAAUUGGGCAUCACAACAGCCUAGGUUCAGGCAUGAUGUUUCGACUUAUCACAUUAUCAUAAAGAAGCUUGGUACUGCAAAAUUGUACCAAGAAAUGGAUGAUGUGGUGAAUCAACUGCUUUCUGAACCUAAUAUUGGUUCUGAGGCUCUAUACACCACCAUUAUAUAUUUUCUUACAGAAGCUAGGAAGUUGACCCGAGCUGCCAUUAUAUUUAAGCAUAUGAGAAGUUGCAGUAACUUGGAUUGUAGGCCUUCUAUUAGAACAUAUAACCUUCUCUUUGCAGCAUUUCUGAGUAGGAGAAGCGAUUCUUAUAUAAACCACAUGUAUAUGGCAACUAUUAGAUGCCUUUUCAAGCAAAUGGUCAAUGAUGGAAUUGAACCUGAUGUUUUCUCUUUAAAUUCAAUGAUUGAAGGGUAUGUGCUUUCCCUUCAUGUCAAUGAUGCCCUUAGAAUAUUCCAUCAAAUGGGUGUGGUCUAUAACUGUCUGCCCAACUCACAUUCCUAUGAUUACUUGAUCCAUGGGUUAUGUGCCCAAGACCGAACAAACAACGCUAGGAAGUUAUGCAAUGAAAUGAAGGGGAAAGGGUUUGUUCCGAGCAGUAAAUCAUACAACUCACUUGUGAAUGCUCUGGCUCUCUGUGGAGAGGUUGAUGAGGCUGUGAAUUAUCUCUGGGAGAUGACUGAAAAGCAAAGGUCAGCCGAUUUCAUUACAUACCAGACAGUGCUGGAUCAGAUCUGUAGACAAGGAAGGAUGCAAGAUGCCAUGAGUUUGUUAAAGGAAUUGCAAGAGAAAGACCUACUGGAUGGGCAUACCUACCAGAAGCUGCUAUCGUUGCUUGAACAAGAGUUUGGAAAAUUAAACAACCAAAAUCAAUUUAGGCACUGAGAGCCGGGGUCCUCCAAAUGGAAUCGAUGAUGUGUUCUUGUUUUCAUGUGGAGAUAUCUGUACUAUUGUUGAUAUUAUCUAUGAAAAGGGUUCACCUCCAAAUUGAGGAGGGUUGAGUUUGGUUGUUAGUCCUUGCUUAACCUUUUUCAGGAGUUAAAUAAAUUAUGAAUAUAGUGUAUAUUACUUCGAGAAGUUGAAAUCUGAAUUAGUUUUAUGUA